UCUAUCUAUCACUCGAAAGUUAUUGGAACAAAUUUGACACCUAUAUCCAUGCGUUUGAAAACACACAGAGUAUAAGGGUACUACUAAAGCAGAGUGGUCCCGAACGCGCAGUCGCGCGUCCGCGCUAGCUAGUCAUGGAACAGACCAAUGCUAAAAGAGUAAAUGAGGAAGAACAUGAAGGAAACAGUGUGAAAAAACAGAAAUUAGAAACCAUAUCAACAGAGGCUGAUGUCACAGAUGUAAGUCCAAAGACAGAAGAAUCGGCGCCAGCACUUGAAGAAGAGUAUGUUAACCCUAACGGUGAUGUAGAGGCAGCUGAAGAUACCAUCCAGAGAAAAUCACUGACUGAGAAAGAUGUUGGCAUCACAGAAUACAUUGGAGAGCACGAAGGAUUCCAUGCCAUUUUUAAACAGAGAUUUUCUGAUUUUAUUGUAAAUGAAAUUGAUAUGAAAGGAGAGAUUGUCAAGUUAACAGAUAUCUCAAAACCAAAAAGCCCAACAAAAGUUCUUGUUGAUGUUAGUGAUUGUCUUUCUGCUGAAAAUAUUAAGAAACUAAAUGAGAUCUCAACAAAACGGGAUAAAAAUUCUUCAGUUAUUCUUGAGGCUGGAGACGACAAAGCUGAGCGAACUAAGAUACAUCAAGCCAUCCGUGAUGGUUUUAUUGGCUUAGAAAGUACUACAGAAGUGAUUAACAACAAGAAAGUCAUCAAAGUGGUUUUGCAGGGCUCAAAAGGUCGUAAUGCUCGUGGUUCUUGGCCCCAGAAGAGAGGAAACUAUUGUAAGUUUGUACUUUAUAAGGAGAACAAAGACACUAUGGAUGCCAUCAACUUUAUUGCAAAUAAACUCAGAAUAAAGCCUGGACAGUUCCAAUAUUCAGGUACAAAAGACAGACGAGCCAAAACAUCUCAGUUAAUAACUAUAUUCAGAACUACAGGAGAACGUCUGUAUGAAUUAAAUAAGGCUUUGAAAAAUAUAUGCCUUGGUAACUUUAGCUAUGUUGAUGAAUGUCUGAAGCUUGGCCAGUUGUUGGGAAACAGGUUCAUCAUUGUCCUCAGGAAUGUCACUGGAACUGAUCCCAAUGUUGAACAAGCUUUGGAAUCCCUGAAAGAAAGAGGAUUUAUAAAUUAUUACGGAAUGCAAAGAUUUGGCACUACAUCCAUCCCAACAUACCACAUUGGUCGAGCUUUGCUACACAGCAACUGGAAGGAAGCUGUUGAACUCAUUCUAAAACCACGAGAUGGAGAAAAUGAUGACAUAACAGAAGCAAGGAAGAUUUGGUGGGAGACACGGAAUGCAAAAGAAGCGCUUUCAAAAGCACCAAAAUGCCACAGACUAGAGAGACUUCUACUGGAAGGAUUAUCAAGUCAAGGAGGGAACAACUAUGCAAAUGCUUUAAUAUUUAUUCCUCGGAACACUCGGUUGAUGUAUGUCCACAGUUACCAAAGUUAUGUCUGGAAUACAAUGGUCUCUCAAAGAAUCAAACAGUUUGGUCUGGUGCCCGUCAUUGGAGAUUUAGUUUACGACAAGACAGACGUGACUGCUGUGAACACAGAUGCAUGCAAGGAGGAACCACACACCAUCACUGCUGACAACAUCUCAAAAUAUACAAUACAUGAUAUUGUGAUGCCUUUACCUGGUUUUAGUAUCUCGUACCCUGAUAAUGAAGCCAAAAAUUGGUACAAAGAAAUCUUAAGCAAAGAUGGCCUGGAUGUUGAUAACCUACGGCAUUCAAACAAAGAUUAUUCUUUACCUGGCGCCUACAGGAAAAUGGUGAUCAAGUCUACAAGUGUUUCUUGGAAAAUCUAUCGGUACAAUGAUAUGAAGAUCCCCCUCUCUUACAGUGAUUAUGAAUUGUUAAACGGCCACAAGGAACCUGAGUCAAUUGAAGGUAGCCCUUUUAAAUGUCUUAAGUUAUUUUAUUAUUGUUUAACCCUUCAGCAUUUGAUCCAUCAUUUAAUCCAGCAUUUAAUCCAGCCAUAUCCGGUCCAAAUAGUUUAUCUGUUUGAUGUUAAAACUGACCGGAUCCAAUCUCUCACAUCUACCCUACAGUGUCAUUCUAAAACUAUACAAACACACCACUGAAACCUUGAAGCUACA